GCGUUACGGGCCCCGAAGACAGCAUCGCGUAGCUUAUUUUCCCGCGCUAAAAUCAAAGUUACGUGUUUUUUCCCACCGCAAUCGUUAUUUUUCUUCACCCAUAUCGGUUUUUUUUUCGCUAUCUACAGUGAAUUUUAAAAUUGCAAUUUGAAUGGUUUUGGAUGUGUUUUUGUGCGUUUUCCUCCCUAAAUUCCAAAUUGAAUUUUCAACAACUAGCUGGCAAUAUUGAUUGCGCCUUGCACAGAAUUCCAUUCUUGCUUUUAAUUCUUCAUUUUGUUCAGAAAACGCUUUUUUGAGAGACCUUUCGACAUUUCGGCAACUUAAAAUGAUAUGAAAGAAAGCAGAGGUACCGUAAUUUUCUUCCUGAAGCUUUGAAAUCCUGUGAUACCGAGUUUAAUCUGCUCGCAAACUCAGGAUUGUCACGCCAACGAUACAGUGAGAUCAAUUGAUCUAGUGACGCGUCGAUCAUUAAUUUUAACCGCCUAUUUUUCUCGCGCUGACCUUUGGGCUCAAUCAGUUCUAAGAACAGUGCGUGUGUGAUAUGGCAGGCUAGACAAACCGGGUCCAAAUAUGUCGAGAUUCUCAAGCUCGAGUGCCGUCUUUUCUUGAAAUAAAAUUGUGUAUUCGUGUCUGUGGAUCCAGUUUACCGUCAAUAUUGUUUUACAAUUCAUACAUUUUAGACCCUUCGAUUAAUGCCCCAUAAUACUUACCACCAAUCACCAGUUCAAACAUAAAAGCCCUCGAUCUAAAGUUUGUUGUAAGUGAAUCUGUUCCAUACAAGGCCUUUACAUUUUCCUUUAACGGUAACUUGAGAUUGGUGAGAUAUCGGAUUGAUUCGGGGUUUUUUCGUCGAUUUGUAAGUGAAACAGUGUUUACGUUCUACUACGGCGGCUCCGUAAGUCUUACGGUUACGGUUUUUACGGUCUGGUACGUCCCGUGUGUUUACACCCGUAAGUGCCCAUGCGGUGAGCCAGUGUUGGCGUCAAUUUAAAGUGCCCCCUCCCCCCUUACGACUUAUCGCCGGAAUCAAAAUGAGUGCAUCAAUUCGCUUCGUGUGUGUGGCCUUGUGCUUAGUGUCAGUGCACAUCUCAGGGAUAAACAGUGAGAGGAGCUUGUGUGACGUCUGUGCUUGCUCCCCCAACAGCGAUGAGCCCAUCAGGAUCUCGUGCGACUGCCAGAAAUCGAAGAUGCUGUUCUUCAAGGAGGAGGACGAGCAGACCCUGAUGCAGACGGAGGAACUUCGGAUCUCUGCGUGCAACUUCCUCUCGCUGCCGGCCAACGGCUUCGUCCGCGCCACGAAGCUCCGUCACCUUCGUCUGGACUCCCUCAACUACUUCCAUUUCUUCCGCGGGGUGUUCCCCUACCUGGAGACCCUCCACGUGGACCGCGUCGCCAACUUCAUCUUCGCCGAGCUAUCGCUGAGCACCGGGAAACAGCUCGAGAGGAUAACCCUCCGCCACACCAACCUGAAGGAGCUCCCGCCGUUGGCACUUCACGAGGCCCGCGGCUUGAAGAACUUCGAUAUCCACGGCUGCAACAUCACCACGGUCGCCCCAGGGGCGCUCUUCAACGCCAACAACACCAACUCACCGCUCGGUCUCCGCAUCACCGACUCAGUUAUCUCGCAAAUCAUGGAGGACGGCAUCAACAUCCUGGGUGAGGAGCUGGUCGUCCGUAACUCGACGAUCGGGAUGCUGGGGCCCCGCUCCGUAACGGCGGCCGUCCGUAACUUCGCCGUGGCCACCUCCACGUUCACGGACGUCAACGCCGACUCGCUCCACGUCAAGGCGGCCGUCAUCAACAUCAGCGGCAACGCUUUCGCCGCCCUCCCGCCACCUUUCCUCAGCGACCUCCACAUCACUGAUGCGGAGCCCGCCUCAGCGGAGGACAUGUUCCCCGAUGAGGACCAGAGGGUCAAGAUUGAGUUCGUCAAUAACUACCUGGACGAUAUCGACCUCAGCGCCUUCUUCUUGAAGCUCCGUUAUCGAGAGGUGAAUUUCCAGAAGAAUCGAAUCGACUGCGAUUGUGCUCCGGCCCGUACAGCCGUCUUCAAACUGCCGACUCUGUUUCCAGGACUAUCCCCGAUGGCCAACAGAACGGCUUACGAGUACAUCAUCGAGCACAAUUACUGUGCCCAGCAGAACGUCUCGCUCGGCGAGUACGGUCGCCAGUUCCUAGGGGGCGCUGUGUGUUCCGACAGAGCCCUCAACGAUGCGCCCACGGAGCUCAACGAGAUUACCGAUGAGCCCAUUCCGCAGAAGAACUUGCUAGCAGCUGGUGCUGCUGUCAGUCAUUCGCUCUGUUUAUGGUUCAUUGUCGCCGUUCCCUUGCUCAGGCUUACGUGAUUUGCCGCUUGAUCGUUUUUAUGAAAAGAAUGAAAUAAAAGCAAUGUCAGCGGGUAGAUCUUUGAAAUUGAUGGACAAAGCUUCAGAGAAAGAUAUAACAAAA